UCAUUCUCUUCCUCUUCCAGAGACUGAAAAAGAGAGAGUUAGAGACGCAUAUGACUGAAAUACAACUGAAGAUCCGCUGUAGAAAAUCAGUAGUGCAUUUUAAGUGUGGAGAAACUUUCAAAUUCUUUGUCAGGACAUUUGAAGAUUCCAGGCAACAUGGAAAGUUCAUUCUGAAUUACAGACUGAGUUCAUGAGAAAAAAAGCCCAAGAGGGAAAAACCCAUUCAGAAGGAACCUCCCUUGCAGCUACAUGGAUUUACAGAUUAAAACACUCUUCUUCCUCAUCACCAUCAUCAUCCUUACUGAAGGCAUUGUUGGACAGAAUGACACAGGAAGUCUUGCCACUAACUCUACAGGCUGGGUACCCUCAGGUUGUGGUGGCAAUUUGGACCCAGAAUUCCACUUGCUAUGUGACCUACGCACAGCGUGGGGCAUUGUUGUGCAGGCACUGACCGUCCUGGGCUUUCUGAUCAGCCUGGCACUGCUGCUGGGCAUGCUGCUCUGGUGGGUGUGUGUUUGUAGCCUCUGCAGGCGGAGGAUGGGCUCAAAGAAUGCACAAGGGUCAGCAUGUGUGUCCACAGUGCUGUUCCUGCUAGCUGUAGCUGGAAUCUUCGCAUUACCAUACUCCUUCAUUGUAAGCCUGACGGAGCGGACGUGCCCCAUCCGUGUGUUCUUGUUCGGGGUGUUGUUCAGCCUGGCCUUCGCAUGCCUUCUGGCACGGACGCUGGUCGUGUUGGGCUGGAGGAUGUGUAGUGGCUGGGGGGAGCCCGGUUUGGUGCUGGCCUUGGCGCUGGUGCAGGUUGUAAUAGCAGUGGAGUGGCUGCUGGUGGUGCUGGUGCGUGACAGCCACCCAUGCCAUUACUCUCAGGAUGAAUUCAUCAUGCUGCUGAUCUAUGUCCUGGUCCUGUUGGCCAUUGCCACGGUGCUGUCUCUGUACUUCUUGUGCCGCGGAGCCAUGUACAGAAACUGCCCCUCUACCUGCCUUGCACACUGUUCCAGUGCCUCGCAGUGGCCACAGUUCCAUGGGAGGCUGCAUGGGGUGCUGCUGACCAUCACUCUUCUGCUCAGCACUGCCAUCUGGGUGGUGUGGAUUACCCUAUUCACCCGCGGAAACCAAGAGAUGGGCCGACGCCCAGCCUGGGAUGACCCUGUCAUUAGCAUAGCACUAACUGCUAACGGCUGGGUCUUGCUCCUGGGACAUGGACUCAGUCAGGUCAGGUUUGUCUUCUGUGGUCAUAGAGGCAUGAAAAACCAAACUCCAGACUUUACUGGCUGGACGAGCCCAAUGGCCGAACUGCCAAACCUCCACAAUCACAAAAACGGAACGGACAACCUGGGAUACCAACACGACCCCAAGGAUAAAAGAGGGAAAGGAAAAAAGAUGGAGACUGAACUGAAGUCCCCAUAUGAGUCCAGCUUCUCCAUGAUGGAAAUCGACCCUGAUAAGGAUUACUCCAUUCCACGACCGCAGACUACCAACAUUAACGAACCUUAUGAUGACUACUAUGGACACAGACUGUCUUAAUAAUAACACAUGCCCAAAAACUUGCAAAUCAAAACCAUACUUAAAGACAAAAACAUACUUAAUAACAGGGUAAAUAACUCACUUGAUUGAGAAGCAUUGCUAUUUUUAUUUCUCUUCCUCUCUCCAUUCCAGUGUACUUAUUCUUUGGUACUUUAUCUAUUUGGUGAUGUAGGCUACCAAAGGUACAUGACUCUUUGCUUUAUAAGUAAUGUUAUAGUCUCACUAUAAAAUCUUGCAGUGCCAGUCUUGACCAAGAUUGGCAGUGUCAAUCAAAAUGUCAGGUACACUAUAUGUCCGAUAUCCAGCAUUUCUUCUAAGAUCACGGAUAUUGAUAGGGGGUUUGCCCCUUUUACUGCAGUAUCAACUUCUACUCUUCUGGAAAAGUUUUACACUAAAUGUUGCUCUUAGCUUUCUGUCACUCUCCUUCCUCCAGCUUACCUUUGGGGAAGCUUAAGUGCUUCGAGUUAGCAUAGCCCGUGGAACUCAAAGGUCUUGACAGCUCCAAAUAGCAACAUAGGCCUAUCGUUCUAUAGCAAGAGGCAUUAAGUGAUUAUCUGCUGUCUUAAAAGCAUCAUAUGUGAAAUACAUCAAGAGUAGUAAGCUAACAUUAGAAGAGCUAAUUAUGAUGGCUCUUCUUCUAACAUGGCUAAAUUUCAUGGGACAGGUUUACCUAAUAUAACAUUACAUUUAAUACAGGGCUGCCAACUCUCAUGCAUUGGCUUAGACUCACGCAUUUAGGUCUAAUCUCACGCCACACUCGACAUUUCUCAUGCAUUUUUGCGUCUCUCUUCAAAACGACCUACUGAUGAACCUGAACACUCAUAAAGCUUCCUACUUCUGCUUAGUGCUCUGGCUUUCACUGAUUAGAAACACUCUGGACUGGCAGGUGGUUUACUUUGUGAAGAAGAGCACAUUAGCUAGUCAGUCCACAUGUGCCAGUCCACAUGUGUUUUAGGUCAGGAGGGCAGAGUGGGGUAAAGGGGGUCUCCAGAGCAAGUUAAAAUAGCUAGAAUUCAGACAGCUUAACUAAUUAGCUAAUGUAUCUUGGGAAUUGGAUACCAAUUUUUUUAGCAACAAAUUCUCAGAAAAUUAAAUAACUUUUAACCUACCUGACACAAAAUGUCUGCUGCACACAUAGACAUGGAUCCUAUAAAGUCCCUGUCUGUUGAUAGCUUUAAGCCAACUAUGCCGUCUUUUUGGCUCUGUAAUGCAUCUUGAAAACCUGUAAAACUAAUUUUUCUUAUUUGUCGUGCAAGCCAUCAUGCAACAGCUUUUUGGCAUGUUUGCAGUUUUAGUCUAAGACCAAUAAAGAGAAGAGCGCGAUGCAAAUCAAUAGAAAGUGCAGAGUUAUUUCCCCCCCACAGCAUGGGUGUGGCCUAAAUGCACUCUGUCUCAGGAUCUAAACAUAGUGCACAGCGGUAGUUUAUUAUCUUACUUUUUUUUACGACCAACUGCAGCUGCACCAAUGAAUCUAUGUGCCUUUUGCUGAUUAUGAGGCCCCGCUAUGAAGGGAAGCUACAGUCUCCUUAUAAUGCACCCAAAUCAAAAUCAUACCUAGUGAGUGCACUGCUGUACAUUAUGGCAUAAGUCUAAGCUCAUCAAAACCCUCUCAGACAGUUUCAUGAAAAAGUUAGCCUAUUUGUGCACAGGACAAAUAAAACGGCCUGUAUCAACAUAUAUUUUGUUUGUGCACAAACAAAAAAAUCUGCUCAAAAUGAAAAAGAAAACGUACAUGAUUAAAAGAAAAUGAGAGAAUGAAUUGUUAAUCGUGGGAACAAAUUACAAAAUCUUGACCGUGAAUAAAUGAAAACGUGCAUACAAAUUGCAAAAUGUUCCCUCAAAAUAUUUUUUAGUUUUACCCCAUCCCCUCUGAUGUGUGGGUGUGGAAUCAGACCACUGGUUACCAAUAACAUACAUAUUUAACUGGUCUAUAUUCUAUUGUCUGUGUAAUCAGACUGUAUUAUGCCCUCAUUAGAGCAGGCUGACCAGGAGAGAUAACAACAAAUUGACAAUACUGAACAAAAGCAGAAUUUACAAGCUUUUAGUCUUUGCUCCUUUGAAACUUACCUGUUGUCAUUCCUCUUCAAGUCACUUAAUGUGACAGAACAUUGUUUUAUGAGUAAGCAAAACCUAUAUUUGUAAAUAUGAUAUUUUACUUAAAAGGAAUGGUUUUAAUUUGAAUGAAUAUUUGAAUGAAUGGAAAUUAAAAAUGUCUGCCUUCCUAAAAAAUCUAAUUUUGUGGACCCACACAGCUGUCACAUAAUAACGCAAAAAGUGAAUUAAAAAGUUUUUUGUGUUAAACAUUUGUAUGUAAUGACAUUCAUGGU